GGUGUGUGUGUGUGUUCAGGACGUCUACCUGGAGAUGUCCUACAUGUACGAUGACGACGGUUAUCAGUCCUACUGCACCGUCUGCUGAGCGCGAGAGGUUCUGCUCUGUGGCAACGCCAACUGCUGCAGGUGUUUCUGCGUGGACUGUCUGGACAUCCUGGUUGACCCCGGAGCGUCCAACAACGCUCGCUACCUGGACCCGUGGAGGUGCUACAUGUGCCAGCCGCAGCUGCAGUACGGCGUGCUGAAACAACGGCACGACUGGAGCCUCAAGCUGCAGGAGUUCUUUGCCAACGACAACGGACAGGAGUUUGAGACACCAAAGACGUACCCAGCAGUCCCUGCAGACCAGAGACGACCAAUCAGAGUCCUCUCCUUGUUCGACGGCAUAGCCACCGGAUACCUGGUUCUGAGAGACCUGGGUUUCAAGGUGGACCAGUACGUGGCGUCGGAAGUGUGCGAGGACUCGAUCUCGGUGGGCGUCGUCAGACAUGAAGGAAAGAUCCAGUACGUCCACGAUGUCCGGGACAUCACAAAGAAAAAUCUGUUGGAGUGGGGUCCUUUUGACCUGGUGAUCGGAGGAAGUCCGUGCAACGACCUGUCGAUCGUCAAUCCCGCGAGGAAAGGUCUCUAUGAAGGUACAGGGAGGCUGUUCUUUGAGUUUUACCGCCUGCUGAGCGAAGCAAGGCCCAAAGAAGGAGAGAACCGGCCGUUCUUCUGGAUGUUCGAGAACGUGGUUGCCAUGGGCGUCAACGACAAGAGGGACAUCUCGCGAUUCCUGGAGUGUAACCCGGUGAUGAUCGACGCCAUCGAGGUCUCAGCUGCUCACCGUGCCAGAUACUUCUGGGGAAAUCUACCGGGCAUGAACAGGCCUCUCUGUGCCUCUGGGAUGGACAAGCUGGAGCUGCAGGACUGUCUCGAGCACGGCAGAGUCGCAAAGUUUGGGAAGGUGCGUACCAUCACGACCCGCUCCAACUCCAUCAAACAAGGGAAGGAUCAACACUUCCCCGUCCUGAUGAACGGGAAGGAGGACAUCCUGUGGUGCACGGAGCUGGAGAGGAUUUUCGGCUUCCCUGUCCACUACACCGAUGUGUCAAACAUGGGUCGCGGCGCCAGGCAGAAGCUCCUGGGCCGGUCCUGGAGCGUCCCGGUCAUCAGGCAUCUGUUCGCCCCUCUGAAAGACUACUUUGCCUGUGAAUAGACGCCAACACAUCACCAGCAAAACAGACCCCCACUCAUGAUCCACCCACCAGCUUUGCUAUUGUGAGGCUGGCUCCAACAAACAACAGCCGCCAUGAAAAAAAACUUCUGGAAAAGAGCUGUACGACUUCUUUGGCUGGAAGAAUGGAAGUUUCAGGAGAAUUAGUGCGACUGGGAGAAAUUUUUGUGGAUCCUGGUGAUCACGCACUGCUGCCUUAAAACUGGAACAAAACCCCUUAAACACAGAGGGACACAAAGAAGGCAGAGGUGAGCACCUGAUCACCGCCCCAGAGAGUCAAAGUGAGCGGGACGGGUCAACGAUCAGUCCGUUGAAAAGAACGAUGACAUCACUUUUCUGUUUUUUUUUAACACUCGGCCUGUACAGCCGUUUUAAUAGGAUCUUUUUUAAAACCUUUGGAAGGUGUUUUUAAGUUGACAACACUGACUAGUUGCAGAAAACGCUUGGUGCCAGAAGUAGAACUUUUUAGUGGCUCUGUAUCCUAAAAACAUUUCAGAGUUUUUGCUGAUCUCUCAGUUUAGCCGACGACUUUAAUGUGGCGGUUUUUUAAUCCAGACAAAAACUCUUUUAAAUUCACUUGAACCAAAGUCCAAACAUGGAAAGGUCGAUCCCUGCUCCCCCUUUUUAAGACUACCUGCUGUUCCACCUGCUUCACCAAAAAACCUGUUUGAUGCUGCAGUUUAGAUGAGUCUUUUUUCAGUUCCCAUGAGCAAACUAGCUUCCUUUAGACUUUUAUGAAAGAUUAUAUAAAAAUAUUUUUGUAGACGGCGUCAAAACGUCUCAGUUACACGGCUGUGACUUCCCUGAUAGCUACGUGCGAAUACUUGAAACCACCUGAUGCAAAAACACAGAGAUAAAGACGAUCAGGUUUUGACUUUGCUGACAUUUUAAAACAGCGGAGGAUUAAAGAUGUUGCUCAUCCUACUGGAGAUGUUUUAUUUUGAAAAUCAUCGUGCUCUGACUCACUGUAUGGCAGGAUGUCAGUGUGCACGUUUGGCUCAAGUUCAUUUAAAAAUCAGGAAGACGUGUUCAAACGUGGUUUCACAGCUGUUCAAGAGACGACAGAAAAAGGUGGCAAACACUGGUGGAUGCACGAGACUUUAGUAAACUAGCACUGACUACUUUGUUCCUAUGUUAAAAAGAUUUAUUCAGAGAAACUGCCUUAAAAAGAAAACCAUCUCUAUGAUGCCUGGUGAUGCUUUGUUCUGUGUGGUGGACACGCUGUAUGUUAAGGUCAUAAUUCACUAUUUUAAUCAAAAAAGAGCUGCAUGUGAAGUGUGUGACAAACUGAUUUCUGUGAAACUAAAAGCUUCUGUAAUAAUGUGGAUUUCUCCCCCCCCCCCCCCCCCUUAUAUGAUCAUAAGAACACUUCCUGUUUCUAAUUGUUAGAAGUUAGUGAGAAGGUGUUGGCAACGCUCCAGCAGUUUGCUUCAGGCCAGCAGCCGCAAAAACAGCCAGUAAUGUCUGCAAUGUCAUCUCUCAGGGCAAACCCCCCCCCCCCCCCCCAUUAAGUUAAAGACAUGAUCUCUACAGGGACAUGAUCAUCAGUUUAAAAGCAAGAUGUCAUUUUUCACCUGCUUUCCUCAAAUAAUUCACAAAAUCUGUUGUUUUACCUCGCAAAGCACACAAAGUAAAAUUACUGUUUUGUUCAACAGCUGUUUGUAGUUAGACAAAACAGGUCUUUCUCCGCAGCAAUCUUCUCUGUAAUGGUAUCGGACGCUAAGGAUAACAAUAUUUGAACCUUUCAGAAGAAAAAAAAACAAAGUAUGCAUACCCUGAUCGGUUUUAUUGCCAUGUUUACUGCUGCUUUUGAGACGACUGGCUGAAGCGAUCUACUGGAGUCACUCCUUAAGUUAUGAUACAUAUUUGUCAUUUAGCUUCAAACCUUGCAAAAAAACACUAAAAGUACCACUCCCCUACAGAUUAGUACCAUUCCUAGAGUGUAAUUUGUUAGCCUGAGAUUACAGGACAUACUUGGUGCGGAAGUUUUGACAUGUUCACCAGCAGAGUAGAGCGACUCACUGGGUGGUUUAUCUGAAUAACACUUUCCUGGAUGUGUCCAAUGGGCAACACUCACCUGAAGUCUGUGCAGUUUUCUCCUUUUUUUUUUUUUUUUUUUUUUUUUUUACAACUGGGCGAUUUUGAGUUGCUGCCGGCUGUCACCAAAUCAAACUUUAAGGGCAUUACCUCAGACGAGGGGGGCGACUGUGCACCGUUCCUCCUGUAGGAUCUCUGUUCUGUGAAUAUAUACUGUAGCUCUCUGCUCCCACGUGCCCUGUAUAUAUUUAUAUAUAUAGCUUUUAUUUUGUAUCACUGGAACUCUUUUUAAACAAUGUUUUGUGUACUGUAUUGAUAGAAAGGUUUACAAGUGUUUCUACUUUCUUUGUUUGACCGAUAACAGAAAAAAGGGGCGAGUCUUCUUAACAAGACCGACUGCGGUGCUCCACGGGCUCCCAACAGAACCAGCCUAAGUCUGAUGUUAGAGUCCCUUUAUAAAACCAAAAAGUGAUUGUUUACAUACUUCACUAAUACUGCUGAAUGUUGGCUUGAAAACAGAACACACACGAUAGAUCUAGUUAGUAUCUCUCUUUGUUACGGCUCUUUUAAACCUUUUACUGAGAACAUGUUAAAAAGCUCGCUUAAGAAUGUGACAGCACAAUUUAGAGCAUAUUAAUCCAUAGUGUUUUGAAACCUCGUGUUAUGUAGAUGUGUGUGUAUUUGUAGAUUUCGAGUGUGUGAUAAAAACUGAGAACUUUUUUUAAAACUAAAACAUUUUUUGUGCUUAUGUUCGACGAGAGUAACAUUUUAGAAUUGUUUCUUUUGCCUUUUUUUUGAUGAAUCUUCAGUGCCAACACGCUUGAAAGAACAGAUUCUGUGCUAUUUUUAUACUUUAUUUUGUGUAUUUUUUUAUGUUUGUAUACUUCUUAUAGCAACCUAUAUAUAAUUUUUACCUAAUAAAAAACGCAGUUUGGCCGCUGAAUAAAA